AUGGAACUGGACACAGCAAUCCCCCAACAUUUGCGUUGCCCACGCUCGCAGCCGACCAACACGCCUCCUGGUUGGGUGCCUCCAGUACCGGCAUACACAGCCCGCUUUUCAGACAAUACAACAGAGAUAGUCAUUGCUGUGUAUGGUGUGCAAGCACAGACAUUGCCAACGUCUCCGCUAGCUCCGGUGAUAGCAUUUGUUGAGCGCAAAGAUCCGCAUGCUCCGCACUUCUGGGACAUGGCAUCGGCUAUAGAUAGCCAAAACUAUGAAAUGCAGACACUUAUAUCCUACUGGAACAGCAACGAGGAAUAUAACAAGUGGUUGAUCUCAAGUGGGUUCGAAAAGUGGUGGACGAGUCUCAAGCCGGGGUCGGAAAAGGUUGGAUGGUUCAAAGAAGUCUUCUUUCCGCCUAUAGAUCGCUUCGAGACGGUCUUCUCAGACAAAGAAGUACCUGAGGGAUGUGCUCAUAUGCGCCAGGGUAUGAGUGGGCAGAUACUGGAGCACGUAUACUGGGGUUCGGCGCGUGAUAGGCUGCCGGCUGCUCAGACUGAAGCGCUGGAUGGCGAAGGCUCACGAGCGCCCUCCAAUGACGACGAAAGAGACUCCAUCAACCAGCGCAUCAAGAUCAAGGGCCAAAAGAACCUUUGCGUUAUCCGAUCAGGACAGGACUGGUCAGCUACGAGACCGGAGGAACGCAAUCUAUAUCUGAAAACCAUGCAUCCUGUUCUUGAGAAGGGCAUGUACUUCCUAAGAGACGAAGGUGAAGAAGUUGGCUGUAUCGAAAAUCGCAUGAUGUCUGUGAUCGACCCGAAAACCUUAAGCGCAGCUACAGACAAAACCUUUGGCCUGGGAUUUUUUGACAGUCUUGGAUCGCUGGAGAAGUGGAGCAAGAUGCAUAAGACGCAUCUCGCUAUCUUUAAUCGAUUUCUCCAGUAUACGAAAGAGCUUAACAACGACUAUACCCUCCGGCUGCACCAUGAGAUCAUGGUUCUCGAGCCCGAGCAGCAAGACUUUGAGUAUAUCGGAUGCCAUUCUAAGACAGGUCUGCUUUCGAUUGGUUCUGGUUGUUGGAAAACUGUGGCGUGA